GGUAAUUGCCCCAUUUUUAUGAUUGCCCCAUUACAGGCCUCACACAAUCAAGGAACUUAUUCGUGCGGAUGGUAAAUCUAAGUACAAUGACAUCCACACAAUCAAGGAACUUAUUCGUGUGAGUACCUUGAUAGCGGAUGCUCCCAGCACAUGACCAAAGAUGCAUCCAAGUUCUUGCAAAUAAAGCCCGUUAAAGGAGGGAAUGUUGUCUUUGAAGGGAAAAUUAUUGGCAUUGGCUCGGUAGGUAAAUCUGAAGACUCAUCUAUAGACAAUGUCUUGCUUGUUAAGGGUCUUAAACACAAUCUCUUGAGCAUACGUCAAUUGUGUGAAAAGAGAAACCGUGUGACCUUCGAUUCAAAAUCAUGCAUGAUAGAAUGUCUUAGUGACAAUAAGGUCAUUCUACGUGGUGAUAGAAUCGAUAAUAUUUAUAUGGUUAACUUAGAUAAAUUCCCUUCCGACUUUGCCAAGAUCCUCAUGAGUAAGGAGGAAGACACUUGGUUAUGGCACCGAAGGGUAGCUCAUAUGAACAUAAACCUUUUGAAUAAAUUGGUUUCACAAGACUUAGUAAUUGGCAUCUCAAAACUUAAGUUUGAAAAAGACACCAUAUGUGAUGCAUGUCAAAAGGGGAAGCAAGAUAAUACUCGCUUGGAGAGAAAGGAUGUUUGUGAUGACCUUGCAGAUUCACUUGAAAAAAUACACAUUCAAGAUGAUGAAAAAGAAGCGGAUGCAAACACCAACAUUCAACCACAAAUUGAAGAAGAAACACAAGAAAAUCCCCAAGGUGAGGAAGAACAAGAGGAAGAAUAAGAGCAAGAGGAAGAACAAGAACAAGAAGAAGACCGAACUUCCCACUGCAUGGAGGAUAAAUAGGAAUCAUCCUCUUGACCAGCUAAUGACUAGUAAGUUUGAGAUGUCAAUGAUGGGAGAGCUCACAUUCUUUUUGGGCAUACAAGUAAAGAAAAUGAGAGAUGGUACUUUCAUUUUCCAAAUUAAGUAUUGCAAGGAGCUGCUAAAGCGGUUCGAAAUAGACAACACCAAAGCCAUGGCAACACCUAUGAGUACAAAAUGGAGGGANCCCCCCCCCACCCAAAGUUUCAAGUGGUGGUUUGGUUGAUGAUGCGUGGAAGACUAAAAACAAAAAAAGGCUGAGAAGAUUUAUGACUGUGGAUGCGCAGUGUAUACCAGCAGGUAUUUAACAGCUUUGAGUUCUCAUUUCAUAUCACAUGUUUGGAUGAUUUGGAGUUGGAGAAGAUCCUGAUGGAGACUAAAGAGAAGCUACAAAGAAAGAAGAUCAUAACACUAUGGGCUGCCUGUGUGUACAACAUCUGGAGAUCAAGGAACAGGAUUUUGCAUCAUAAGAGGACUACAGAGGAGGAUACCAGUGCUUAUCCUUCCUCUUACAUGUUUUCUUUCUUUCUUUCUUUUUAAAAAGGUGCAGGUUAUUGGGAAGUCUAAUGAUGACUCUUAGAUAUGAGUUGUAAACAUUGAUUGAAAUGGGUAAUGAAGUUGUGUUUUCUGU